AUGUCUUCCCGGAAGACUAAGAUGGCACCGGUUACCCAGGUGCCUACUCCCCAAACCGUCCAUUACAACAACCACCAACAGGCUGAUUCGAUGGAUAUCGACAAUCAACCAGCGCCUACUGAAGGUGAAUUUUCGAUUGAGGAGGAUACUCAGGGUGAACACUCUGAGGAACCACCAACAACACCGAUUCGAGGGGGGGGAACAGUCAAGCCCCCAGCCUCAAGAACAAGAUUUUCAACGGGCGAAGGCCCCGGAGAGGCCUCAAGCAUCUGA